GCUGGCAGGAGCGGGUGGCAGGAAGAAGGUUUUCCGCCUGGGGGACGUCCUCAAGCCCCUGAGUGACAUCCAACUGGAGAAGCUGAAGCUGGCAGCAGUGCGCCGCAUCCUGCGGGCAGAGCGCGCCGUGGCCUGCAGCGGCGCUGCCCAGGCUCGAGUCAAGAUCUUGGCCUCCCUGGUGACCCAGUUCGAGAUGCCCCUCAAGGGGGAGGUCCUGGCAUUCAUCCUGGAGGACGUCCGUGGGCGCCUGGAGCUGGCAUUUGCUUGGCUCUACCAGGAGUACAGUGCCCACCUGGGGCGAGGGGGCACAGCUGGCACCCCUGAGCGCUACGACCAGUGCCUGAUCGGGCUCCUGGCAGGGCUGCAGGAGAAGCCUGACCAGAAGGAUGGCAUCUUCACCAGGGUGGUGCUUGAGGCUCCUCUGCUCACCGAGAGUGCUCUGGAGGUCAUCCGCAAGUACUGCGAGGAUGAGAGCAGGACCUACCUGGGCAUGGCCACCCUGAGGGACCUCAUCUUCAAGAGGCCUUGCAGGCAGUUCCAGUACCUGCAUGUCCUGCUGGACCUCAGCUCCCACGAGAAGGACAAGGUGCGGUGCCAGGCUCUGCUCUUCAUCAAGAGGCUCUACGAGAAGGAGCAGCUCAGAGACUACGUCGAGAAGUUUGCCCUCAACUACCUCCAGCUCCUGGUCCACCCCAACCCCCCCUCAGUGCUCUUCGGGGCUGACAAGGACACAGAGGUGGCAGCUCCCUGGACAGAGGAGACCAUCAAGCAGUGCCUCUACCUCUACCUGGCACUGCUGCCCCUCAACCACAAACUCAUCCACGAGUUGGCAUCAGUCUACACCGAGGCCAUCGCCGACAUCAAGCGCACAGUGCUCAGGGUCAUCGAGCAGCCGAUCCGUGGCAUGGGCAUGAACUCUCCUGAGCUGCUGCUGCUGGUGGAGAACUGCCCCAAGGGGGCAGAGACUUUGGUGACUCGAUGCCUGCACAGCCUGACCGACAAAGUGCCACCCUCGCCAGAGCUGGUGAAGAGGGUCAGGGACCUGUACCACAAGAGGCUGCCAGAUGUGAGGUUCCUCAUCCCUGUCCUCAACGGCCUGGAGAAGAAGGAGGUGGUGCAGGCCCUGCCCAAGCUGAUCAAGCUCAACCCCAUCGUGGUCAAGGAGGUCUUCAACCGCCUGCUGGGCACACAGCAUGGCGAUGGCUCCUCGGCACUGUCCCCCCUGAGCCCGGGGGAGCUCCUGGUUGCCCUCCACAACAUCGACUCCUCCAAGUGUGACAUGAAGUCAAUCAUCAAAGCCACCAACCUGUGCCUGGCAGAGCGCAGGCUGUACAGCUCGGAGGUGCUGGCAGUGGUGCUGCAGCAGCUGGCAGAGCAGUGCCCACUGCCCACCCUGCUCAUGCGCACUGUGAUCCAGGCCCUGGCCAUGUACCCACGCCUGGGCACCUUCGUCAUGAACAUCCUGGCACGGCUCAUCAUGAAGCAGGUGUGGAAGUACCCCAAGGUGUGGGAGGGCUUCAUCAAGUGCUGCCAACGUACCAGGCCCCAGUCCCACCCUGUGCUGCUGCAGCUGCCACCCCCCCAGCUCGGUGCCAUCUGCCACAAGUGCCCUGAGCUCAGGGAGCCUCUGCUGGCACACGUGCGGGCACUGCCACCCCACCAGCAAGCCCACAUCCCUCUCGCCACCAUGGCCAUCCUGGAGGCCUCUGCCCGCCACGAACCUGAUGCCCAGGAGGUGCCCCCUGGCGAGGAGAAGCCUUCCAAGAGGCCAAACGAAGAGGAGGGCAAAGGCAAAACGAUGCCCGCGGGAGGUGCCCAGGCGGUGCCCGGGGGGGUGCCCCCUACCGAGGGGGUACCCCCCGAGGCUGACCUCGACCCUCCCCCGAUCUUCAUCAGCGGCCCUGAGGAUGAGGAGAGCUCAGGGGGCACCGAGUCCCCCCCUGACACCGCUCUCAAUGCCCCCAAGGACCCCACCGGUGGCACCGACCCCUCCCCCCCCACCGAGGCUCCUCCCAGCAGCUCCUCCCCCUCCUCGGAACCACCUCCCCCUGGCACCCAGAGCCCUGAGGUGCCCCCGGGGGCAGCUGGCACCGAUGCCACCCCCGGGCCGGCAGAGCUCUGAGGGGGAGGAGGGGGGGAGGGGGUGGGGGAUGGGCACCCCUGGGCACCGUCUGUGGCUCAAUAAAAGGCUUGGGAGCAGCUCUGGA